UAUAAAUAUGGAUCUCAAGCAGAAUACUCAUGAAGAUGAGCACUCGAAAAAUACGAAUCGAGUAAUGUUUCAAGAAGGAGAUGAUGAUAUCAGCAACAGCAAAGAAAGUGAUUACUAUAGCAACUCAGAAAUCCAGCCCAAAUUCCCACCCACCGACCAAAACCCGCCUCCAAAAGAAGACGCCACUAAAGAAAAUGAGGAUUUAAAUAUGAUGAAGAAUGGAAAUUAAGAAGUUUUCAACCAAACAAGCUUCGUUCUUCCAGUCAGCGAAUAAAAACCAACUCAGUAUGAUGUUUCCAGACUCAAAAUUUUCACCUACUAAUAUGAAUCAGAAUAUACGAAAGCAAAAAUCUAGAGUUAACCAUUUAAUCUCAGAAGAAUCGAUAAAUGAAGAUAAGAAGAGGAAUGGUCAGGACUACCAACAUUUGGUCACAGUAGGUAGGGUAAAGAAAUGGUUAUUCAGUCAGGAAAGUAGAUUACGCAUCAACUGGGAUUUAAUCAUUAUGUUUGUAGCUGUUUAUAAUUGCUUCGAAGUACCUUUCAACGUUGCAUUUACUAAUAAGAACGAUUCCAAUAUAUACUCGGAUAUUAUUGAUCUGGUGACAAAUGUUCUCUUUAUUCUAGACUUACUAAUAAAUUUUGUGACUACUUAUACUGAUUCAGACACUAAAGUUGAGGUAACUUCUUAUGGGAAGAUAGCCAAGAAUUAUUUGAAAGGAAGAUUUUGGAUUGACCUUAUUGCUUCUAUUCCUUUUGAUUAUAUUAGAUACUUGGAUCAAAAUAGUGACACUAUUCCAUUUGAGCUGUUCAGUCUUCUCAAGCUGGUCAGGAUUUUAAGGCUUUCAAAGCUGAUUACCUACAUGAAUAUUCGAAAUGAAGUUAAAUCUUCAUUGAGAUUAAUAAAGCUGGUGUUCUUUUUAAUAUUGUUCUUGCACUGCCUGGGUUGUAUGUGGUUUUUCCUUGCGAAGCAAACAGAGGAAUGGAUUCCACCUCUAGAUUAUGUGUUUGUAACCACCACCAUUUAUUCAGAGGCAAGCAUUUUUCAGUAUUGAAACGCUCUGUACCAUGCAGUGUUAAUGUUAGGAGGAAAUGAUAUUGGACCAAGAGGAGAGUAUGAGCUUCUGUUCACUUGACUCGCUCUCUGCAUCUGUGCCAUCACUAAUGCUAUCAUAUUUGGUAAUUUCGCAGUCAUGCUUCAAUCAAUGAACAGGAAAUCAACUAUUUUUCAAGAGAAACUAGAAACAACUACUGAUGUAAUGAAGAAUAUGAAUCUCAAAGAAGAUGUAAAGAAUAAGAUUAAGUACUUCAUGGAAUAUACAGAUAAUAAUCUUCAAAGCCAGAAUGAGAUGAAUGAUUUCUUCCAGAUUUUAUCUCCUAGCCUGAAGAAACUCGUAAUGACCAAUAUGUUCAAAGACUCCAUGAUGGUCAACGAUGUUUUUGCUGGAAAAGAUAGCAUUGUUACCGUACUUUGUGAGAAAUUAGAAAUUAAAAUAUGUGUCCCAGAAGAGAAAAUUAUCGUACAGGAUGAUGAAGCUGACAGCAUGUUCUUCUGUGCUAGAGGAAGUCUUGAAGUUUUUGUUGUAGAUGAAUUCCAGAAACCCACUCUUGCAAAUUCCUUAACAACUGGGAGCUAUUUUGGAGAAGUUGCUUUACUCAAGAAAUGUAAGAGAACAGCAACCGUUGUGAGUACAAAUUAUGGUACAUUAGGUGAACUGUCUAAAAAUGAGUUCGAAGUUCUUAUUGGGCAUACUCCUUCAAUCAAAUAAACUAAUGGGCGAUCAUAUCCAAAAUGAGUAUAACGAUAAAUGGAGAAAAUUUAUGCAUAGAGCAUUAAGAAGUAUUGAUUAUUUCAGUACUGAAGUAUCAAGCAGGGUCAUAAAUGAACUUUGCUUCCAAUUUGAAUACAUAACUCUGGAAGAAGGCAAAUACUUGUUCCAAGCAGGAGAGAUUUGUGAUAGCAUAUAUAUUAUCUGUUCUGGAGAGCUAGAGUUCUUCCUGAGAAAUCUAAACAAAGAUUCUUAUAUAGAUACCCUUUAUACAGGUUGCACUCUUGGAGGUUAUGGCUGCAUUAAUGGUGAGCUCUUUACUGGAUCAGCUAAAGCUAAAUCUGAGUGAGUAAUUAUGAGACUCCCAAUUGAAAAGGUGCAGAAUUUAAGGAAAUAUCACUCUGCAUUUAACAAGAUGAUGACUGAGUAUGAGGAGUAUAUCGACAGAACUCCACCCCCUGUGUGAGAUUACAAAUUAUACAGAUAUAAAAUGUUUAAAAAGAAUGUUAAGGAACGUCUCAUGCUUGGCAUAAGAAGACUCAAUAGGAUUAUUAAAUCAACUCAGACAUAUGGAAUUGAAGAACUUUUAAUGCAAGCAAAACUUAAAGCUCAGCAGAAGCAUGACUUCAGAGAAAACAUGAGGAAAAGUAAUAUUCUAAAAAGAGCUCCAAUAAAUGAUUCACAGAGAAAUGAAAAGACAUUAUUGAUGCUUCAUGUGAAAAUGGACAAUAUGUCUGAUGUCAUUGAGACUCAGAAAUAACGAAAUUUUCUUCUUAAAGAAAUGUAUUGUUGGGAAAUUAAAUAAAUUACUUGAUGCACAAGGAAUUCAGUAUCAGGAUACCACAGUUUUUUCAAGUAAAAAGUCAGGGAAAUCUGAUCAGAACAGCAGAGAAGGCAACCAGACGCCUCUUUUGGAGAAACAGGCGUCAAAAAGUUUUUAUGGGAAGCCAAAACAGCACUUGCCAAGCUAUGUCAAUUGGGAAAAGGAAAAGAGCAGUAAACGUAUCUUGCUGAAGAAGUGUGAGCAGAAUUUCCCUAAAGGCAAGGAGAGGAAUUCAAUAUAAUUCAGACACCUGACAAUUGGAGCAUGAUUGAGAAAAAUAAAGCCCCUAGCUUGAUAAAAGAUAUAAGCUGGAAUAAAGGACCUGAUUUCAAAUUCCAAAAAUUUGAGUCAGUGGCUGAACAUCUAUUUAAAAAGGAUAUUGAUAGCCAUCAGAAGGAAGAGGCUGAAAUUUUUGAAAAUAAUCCUCUCUUAGCAGAUAUAGAAAAUAAUUCAGAUAUUGACAACUUUGGAAUGGAGAGCCUGGAAUCUGAAAAUCCUGUAAAAGCUGACGAUGAUGCCCCAAAGAUAUCUGACUGUAAGGAUCCUGAACUAAAGAAAAUAUCAAAGAAAAAAGCAACAACACCUGAGAUAUUGGAUGUUAGCAAAGAGAUAAAAAAAUUAUAA